UUAAAAGGGAAGGCCAGGCCAGGGGUCCCUGGGCAGAGGAUUCGGUGGCCCACUCGGCGGCAGGGCAGAGACACUUCUGAGUCUCCUCCCUCCUCCUCACCAGCCCUCCUCCCUACCAGCGACUCCCAGCCUCGGUCCCGGCCAUGAGAUCUCCGCACCUCCACCCCUCCACCGCCUCUGGCCCCCGAGCUCGGGCAAUGCUGCUGCUGCCGCUGCUCGUGACGCAACUCUGGGCCGCGGAGGCGGUGCUGCUCCCCAGAAACGACACCGACUUAGACCUUGUGGCCUCCGGCGCCCCGUGCGCACGCGGUUCGCAGCCCUGGCAGGUCUCCCUCUUCGAUGGCCUCAAGUUCCACUGCGCGGGCGUCCUGGUGGACAAGAGUUGGGUGCUCACAGCCGCGCACUGCGGGAACAAGCCUCUGUGGGCUCGCGUGGGGGACGACCACCUGCUGCUUAUCCAGGGCGAGCAGCUACGCAGGACCACCCGCCCCAUCGUCCACCCCAAGUACCAGCAUGGCUUGGGCCCCAUUCUGCCGCGGCGGACAGACGAACAUGACCUCAUGCUGCUGAAGCUGGUCAGGCCGGCCGUGCUGGGGCCUCGCGUCCAGACCCUGCGCCUGCCCUACCGCUGUGCCCAGCCGGGAGACCAGUGCCAGGUGGCUGGCUGGGGCACCACGGCCACCCGAAGAGUGAAGUACAACAAGGGCCUGAGUUGCUCCAGGGUCACUGUCCUGAGCGCUAAAGAAUGCGAGGUCUUCUACCCUGGUGUGGUCACCAACAACAUGAUGUGUGCAGGACUGGACCAGGGUCAGGACCCCUGCCAGAGUGACUCUGGUGGCCCUCUGGUCUGUGACGAGACCCUGCAGGGCAUCCUUUCAUGGGGCAUUUACCCCUGCGGCUCUGCUCAGCAUCCAGCUGUCUACACUCAAAUCUGCAAGUACACCUCCUGGAUAGAGAAAACCCUGCGCUCCAACUGACCCCCAGGCCCGGAGCCUCUAUCAGCUGCCUCUUCUCCCUUCCUGGGCAGUUGCGGGGGCUGGGCUCCUCCCCUGCCCCACUCGAACCUCCGCUGCCCAUCCACACCUGCUGAUGUCUCUCCUCCUCCCUUAACCACCCCACCCCACCCCCCCGCCCACUGCUGCUCU